CUUUUUUUUCCUACGUCUCCAAAACACACUUUUUACAUUUACAGCACACACCAAUUCAGGCCCAACCCCAUUCAUAAGGCCACUUGUGGCCAGGGGUGACCGUACUGGACAGUGUCGUUUGGAGAGAGUUGACUGAAUAGUGGGUUGGGGACUGGCCAUAAAAUGCAGCUGUGAAACUUGAAAUUCCUGGAAGGAAAAAGCCAGUAUUUCCAUAUGGGGAGGGGCAGCAAUGAUGCCUCUUAGGGGUCAGCUUGGGUUUGUCCUGUUCUGUAGGUCAUUUCAAUGGAAUAGGAGCAAAGCUUGAGUUGGUUCACUUAAGUUAUAGACUGAAUGACUGCUGUAUGUCUGGUGCUGUUCAGGUGCUGGUGGUACAGCAGUGUACCAAUUAGCCUCUUAGGGUUCACCAUAGAGAGGAAGAGACAGAAAUUAAACAGCUGCUGAAAUAAAUGUAAUGACAACAGAGAAAGGUGUGGUGAAAGGAGAAACGCAGGAUUCUAUAAGGACAAGGGGUGGGUAGUGGAUAAAAACCAUGGCUGGCUUCCAGGCCAAAGAUGUGGCCUGGACAAGCUGAGUCAGAAAAAAAAUAACCAGAGCUGGUCUAUUUGACAUGUAUUACCUCGAACCUUAUGAAAUUGCCAUUUUAAUAGGUCAUAAAUGGUAGAAAAUCAGCAAUUUCAUAUGACUCAAUGUAAAAUUUAGGGCAUAGAAUCCAUUGGGGCUUCUUAGCUUGGGGUUCAAGGAGGGGCUUGAAUUGGGCUCUAUUUCUGGAGAGAGAGUCUGCAGUCCCCAGGAGCUCUACCAAGGGGCCUGUGAUCUCCCCCACCCAAGAAUCAAAAAGACCCGGCGCCCAGAAAGGCCGAGAGAGUUUCUCGCGUCACACAGCCCAGAGAAAGGAGCUGCUGCCUGGGGAUCCCGUCACUCUGUCUCACUCCCGGCCGAGCCGUUUAGAUUGUCCCCUAGCAGCGCCCGGAAGCGACCCUCAGUAAACAAAGCCGUGUGUGGGCGCAGCUCCAGCUGCCCUGGGCGCGCAGUCCAGCCCGAGGGGGGUGGGGGAGGAAUGUUGUGAAUGAACCCAGGGCCCGCCCCGAAACUCUGCAUAAGGCCUGCGCCGCAGGGGUCCUCUCAUCCUGAUUGGCCUUCGGCGCCCCAUGAUUGACAGCGCGGCUCGAUGAACGCUCUUAUUGGGCCUCUAGGGAAAAAGAGGCAGUGCAUAUAACGAAUGAGCUGCGGCGACUUGGAGACGGGUCUGGCGGUGCUGCCAAUGGCGGAGGUGGGCCUCGGAGGCCGACGGGGGGGCCAAUGAGGACGGGCGGCGGGGGCGGGACGACGGCAGAGGAUAAAGCGGCGGCCGAAGCAGCUUCAUUGUUGUGAAGAGUCUUAAAGGGGCCGCAUCACCCAGCCGGCCCGGCGCGGGGCGGGGGUGGGAGCGGCGGGGGUCUCGGAGUAGCCGAGCGCGGAGGACGACGCGAAGGCGGGCAGGGGUCGCUGGAGCCGGCCAAGCGAAGCAGGCAUCGGACCGAGCCCCCAACAGGCCCCGCCCCGGCCCCGGCCCCGGCCCCGGUCCGACCGGAUGGACCCCCCCGCGGCCAAGCGCAGCCAGGGCUACCCCGCGGGACCGGAGGAGCGCGAUGCCGGGGCCGGGGCAAUGCGUGGCCGAGGCCGGCCAGAGGCGCUGCUGGACCUCAGCGCCAAGCGAGUAGCCGAAAGCUGGGCCUUCGAGCAGGUCGAGGAGCGGUUCUCCCGGGUGCCAGAGCCAGUCCAAAAGCGCAUUGUGUUCUGGUCGUUUCCACGCAGUGAACGUGAGAUAUGUAUGUACUCGUCGCUGGGCUACCAAUCCCCAGAGGGCGAGCACGACGCCCGGGUGCCCUUCACCCGUGGGCUGCACCUGCUGCAGAGUGGGGCUGUAGAUCGUGUGCUCCAAGUGGGGUUCCACCUCAGUGGUAACAUCCGGGAACCUGGAGGCCCUGGAGAGCCCGAGCGCCUCUACCACGUCUCCAUCAGCUUUGACCGCUGCAAGAUCACAUCCGUGAGCUGUGGCUGUGACAAUCGAGACCUCUUCUACUGUGCCCAUGUGGUGGCCCUGUCGCUGUACAGAAUUCGUCAUGCCUGCCAGGUGGAGCUGCGGCUGCCCAUCUCCGAGACACUCUCCCAGAUGAACCGGGAUCAGCUGCAGAAGUUUGUGCAGUACCUCAUCAGCGCCCACCACACCGAGGUGCUGCCCACUGCCCAGCGCUUGGCCGAUGAGAUCCUCCUCCUAGGCUCCGAGAUCAACUUGGUGCAUGGCGCCCCAGACCCCACAGCGGGUGCAGGCAUUGAGGACGCCAACUGCUGGCACCUGGAUGAGGAGCAGAUCCAGGAGCAGGUGAAGCAGCUGCUGUCCAAUGGCGGCUACUAUGGCGCCAGCCAGCAGCUGCGUUCCAUGUUCUGCAAGGUACGGGAGAUGCUGCGGAUGCGGGAUUCCAACGGGGCGCGCAUGCUGAUCCUCAUGACCGAGCAGUUUCUGCAGGACCCACGCCUGGCCCUGUGGCGGCAGCAGGGCGCUGGCAUGACGGACAAAUGCCGGCAGCUGUGGGAUGAGUUGGGGGCUCUGUGGGUGUGCGUAGUCCUAAGCCCUCACUGUAAACCAGAGGAGCGGGCAAGCUGGCUCCAGCUGCUUGGCAAGUGGGACAAGCUGGACGUGUGCCCACUGGAAGAGGGCAGCUACUCUUUCGACAGGCCCAGCCUGCAGCCCACCAUGGCCCUCAGCCCAGGCCCAGAGGAGGAGGAGAUGGUAACUGCAGGUUCCCGCCACACCGUGUUUGGCCGCGCCCUGCAGGCUGGGUCACUGCACUGGAGCGACACCCACCUACAGAGGAUCCUGGCCAGCGACUGCUAUGGCCCCAGUCUCACAGGCCACAUGGGCAGUGAUAAGCCGACCUUCGACCCCCAAGGCCGUCCCCUCUGGCUUGGGGAGCCAUUCCCCACCGCUUGUGCCCGUGUGGACACCCUGCGUGCCCACGGAUAUCCCCGCCAGGCCUUGCGACUAGCAGGUGCCAUAGUCAACACGCUCCGGCUACAGCGGCGGCAUCAGCUUGAGAGCUACAAGCAGCAGAAAAAAGAGCUGCUACAGAAAGGCUCCACCUGUAUCACCAACACUGAAGGAUGGGUGGGCCACCCCUUGGACCCCAUUGGCUGCCUCUGCAGGGCUCUCCUGGAGGCCUGUCGCCUGGAGGAGGAAACGCUCGCCCUUUACCCAGACUCAGGCCCUGAGAAGCGGAAGGUGGCCUACCAGCACGUUCCGGUGCCCGGGAGCCCUGGGGAGUCGUACUUGGCGCUGGCACUCGAGGUGACACUGUUGGGCCUGGGACAGCAGCGGGCCCUGCCCGAGGGGUUGUACGCCCAAGACAAAGUGGUGCGCAAUGAGGAGCAGUUGCUGGCGCUGCUGGAGGAAGUGGAGCUUGAUGAGCGGCUGGUGCAGGUGCUGCGCAAGCAGGCAGGGCUGCUCCUGGAAGGGGGUCCCUUCAGCGGCUUUGGAGAGGUGCUGUUCCGGGAGAGCGUGCCCAUGCACACCUGUGCCUGCUACCUGUUCACUGCACUGCUACCCCACGACCCGGACCUGGCCUACCGCCUUGCAUUGAGAGCCAUGAGGCUGCCUGUACUGGAGACAGCACUUCCGGCUGGAGAGCCCCACCCCAACCCACUGGACUCCGUCAUGAAUAACCGCUUCCCCCGCUGGUUCAUCCUGGGUCACCUGGAGACCCGCCAGUGCGAGCUGGCCUCUGCCAUGCUGACUGCUGCCAAGGGAGACCCUAAGUGGCUGCACAUGGUAUUGGGCUCCAUCCAGCAGAAUAUCCACUCUCCAUCCCUGCUCUUCAAGCUGGCACAGGAUGCCUGCAAGACGGCCACCCCUGCCAGCGCACCACCAGACACCACCCUCCUGGGCAUUGCCCUGGAGCUGGGCCUGCAGGUGAUGCGGAUGACCCUGAGUACUAUGACCUGGAGGCGGAGGGAGAUGGUGCGCUGGCUGGUCAGCUGUGCCACAGAGAUUGGCCCACAAGCCCUGAUGAACAUCAUGCAAAACUGGUACUCCUUAUUCACACCCGUGGAGGCAGCCACCAUCGUGGCAGUGACAGGCACCACUCAUGCCACACUGUUGCGGCUGCAGCUGGACGCGCCCCGUCGGGAGGAGCUCUGGGCCUGCGCUCGCACCCUGGCCUUGCAGUGCGCCAUGAAAGACCCACAGAACUGCACCUUGCCCGCCCUCACCCUGUGUGAGAAGAACCAUGCGGCCUUCGAGGCAGCCUAUCAGAUUGUGCUGGAUGCCGCUGCGGGCGGCCUGGGCCACGCCCACCUCUUCACCGUGGCCCGCUACAUGGAGCACCGCGGCCUGCCGCUGCGGGCCUACAAGCUGGCCACGCUGGCCCUGGCGCAGCUCAGCAUCGCCUUCAACCAGGACAGCCACCCCGCCGUCAACGAUGUGCUCUGGGCCUGCUCCCUCAGCCACUCCCUAGGCCGGCAUGAGCUCUCUGCCAUCGUCCCUCUCAUCAUCCGGAGCAUCCACUGUGCCCCCAUGCUCUCCGACAUCCUGCGCCGCUGGACCCUCUCGGCACCUGGCCUGGGUCCUCUGGGGGCGCGCCGCGCAGCCAAGCCACUGGGCACCGACCGCGCGCCGCUUUGCCAGCUCCUAGAUGCCGCGGUGGCAGCCUACAUCAACACCAGCCACUCCCGCCUCACGCACAUCAGCCCACGGCACUAUGGCGACUUCAUCGAGUUCCUGGGCAAGGCCCGAGAGACCUUCCUGCUGGCGCCCGAUGGGCACCUUCAGUUUGCCCAGUUCUUGGAAAACCUCAAACAGACCUACAAGGGCAAGAAGAAGCUCAUGCUGUUGGUGCGGGAACGUUUUGGCUGAGGGACGGAAGGCAGGUGGUGGAAGGGUUCCCCCUUUGCCCCUGCCUCUGUGGCACACACUCUCCAUCAGGGAGGGGCCUGGACUGGAGGCCCAUGUGGCAUCUCAGUAUUAAGUCAGGGAAGGAGCCCAGCUGGAGGUAGGUGGUCUUGCCUGCAAUCCCUGCAAGCCCACCUGGAUUGGGGGGAAGGUACAUCCUGCCACAUGUGUGCCUAGGAGUGUGCAAGACGUGAGGAUCAGAAGCCAUACCACCACCCAGAGGCCUGGAAGGGGGUGUGUGCUUGGGUAGCUGGUAUGACCCUGCCUUGGGCACUUGGAAAGCAAUAGGCAAGCUACUCCUCUCCAAAUUCACAGGCCUGCUGUGAGCUCUGGGGGAGCAAGGAGGCAGGACUUUUCCUGAAACUAGCUCUCUAAAGUCAAUGUAGCAGACCCUCCCCGCACCCUAUUCUGGGUAGCCCAGGGGACUUGUUAGGAUAUCCGAAUCUCCUUUUGUAGCCUCCUCUCACUGCCUCAGGGGCCCCCUUCCACAGCGCUGCACCCCUUCCAGGCUGUCCAGCUGGAACCAAUGACUCACCCCCACUGAAGGAUUUGAAGAGGCCUAAGGCCUCGGCCACAUACCUCACCCACCAUCCAGCCCAGACUCCUAUUCCUGUGGGUGCCAAGGGUCUCAGGGCGGGCUGGGGGGAUGGGGGGUGUUGUCAUUGCUGUCCCUCCUCCUACCUGCUAGUCACUGGACAUACAACUCAGGAACCAAGCCAGGCUCACACUGUCCUCCAAACCUGGUGUCAGGGGAGAUGAGCACAGGUGAGCCAGGGACCCCUGCCCCAAGUCUGGAAAGAGGCUGGCAUCUGGGCAUUUUCUGCCUCUGCUUGACCCUCCCCUUCUCUGUCACCCUGCUCUGCCCCUUCACCUUACUCUCCAUAUUUCUCUCCAUUUAACCUGACUUUCUAUUUGCAUCUCUUAAGUCCCAGCUGCUGUCUCUCCUUGUCCUUCCCACCCCCUCUAUUUUUUUCCCUUGUAAUUAAGGACAAAAGAUCACAUCGUUUUGUAACUUUUUUUUCUAUUUAUUGAACUGUAUAUUGUA